AUGGCUGCGGUGAUUAACGAAAUGCCUAAAAGAAAGAAAGAGCAACAUCAUGAUGAUGUUGAUGAUGACAAUGACUCAUUGUCGACACCUAAUAAUAAGAAACGUCGUCGUGUAGUUUGGUCUCAUGAUCUCCAUGCAAAGUUUGUUGAUGCUGUUAAACUUAUUGACAUUUCAAAUUCAAAGGUUGUUCCGAGUAAAAUAGUUUCUUUAAUGAAUGUUGAUGGAAUUACUACCGCUCAUGUCGCUAGCCAUCUCCAGAGAUACAGACUUCGUAACAAAGAGGCUACACAUGAAGCUGAUAGAGAUAGGGUUCCUUCAACAAAGAUUCUUCAGCCUACUGAUCAAUCUCAAAACAUCACCAACAGCUCCUUUAACAAAAAGCAUGUCCAUCAAUCUCACACACAAAUGUACUCUCCAUCUGGUUUCAACAUGAGUGGAGAUACUCCCUCAACACUAAUUCAAUCUCAAUAUAUCAACAACCAUCCACCGCCAUCCACUUUUCCUACAUAUCAUUACACCUCUAGUCUUCCAACUCCACUUGGAUUUCCAACAACCUUCCACGACUUCCAUGGAUCAUCUGCUUCUUCAACACUCAUUCAACCUAUUCAAUCUCAACCUAUCAACAACACCUCGCCAAUCAUCCAUCCACCACCAUCCACAUUUCCUAUAUAUCAUCACACCUCUACUUUUCCAACUCUUGUUAACCAAUCUACAACAUCCCACUUCCAUGACAUUAGGGCUACUAACUCCCCUUUUGUUGGACCUUCUUCAAAAACCACAAGCAUUUCAGAUUAUGAAGAUCUGAGAAGGGAACCUCAGCUACUUCCGUUUCCCCACAAUUCUUUGCCAGUGUUGGAGUCUCACAAAACAAGUCAAAAUAGUCAAAUGAAUUCACAGCAUGCACAUAAUGUAGAGCCAAUUAUUGUUGGAUCAUCUGCUUCUUUGGAAGACACAAACAAUAAUCUGUGGAAUGAUGAUACUUUUAUUGACUUUUCGGUUGAAGAAACUGAUCCUCAGACUUUAGAGGACAUUAGAAAGAUGGGGGAAGGCAUAGAAGAUGAUGAUCUCCUUAACUCUUGGAAGCGCUUUCUAGAAAUGGAAUAA